CUCUAGCCUGCGUCGGGGACGGUGAGACGUCGCAGCCGCCUUGCUGGGCUCCGGAGGGCGCCUGGCUGAUCGCGCUGUCUGUCAUGGAGACCUUGCGCAAAGCGCUGAUCGUGGGCGCAGUGCUGGGCGUGGGGGCUGGCGUGGGCUCUGCGCUGUUUGUCCUCGUGACCCCGGGAGAGCAGCAGAAGCAGGCGAUACUAAAGGAGAUACCGGAGCAGGACCCGCAGCGCAGGGACGAGGCAGCCAGGACCAAACAGCUACUGCUGGCCACUCUGCAGGAGGCAGCGGCCACACAAGAGAACGUGGCCUGGAGGAAGAACUGGAUGAGCGGCGGCGGCGGGAGGUCAGCCUGAGUCCGGACCUGCUCCCGUGGGCGCCGUGACCUCCGCUCCCACGCAGGAGUCCAAGGCAGCCUUUCUCCUUUGUGGGCCGGCGAGGAGUCCAGACCCAGAUGCCACGCGCAGGCCUCUCCGGGUCCUGGGGAGCUGCUGCUGGGUGAGCACGUUACCCCCCCAAACCCUGUACUGACUGUGUCUUAACGUCUACGUUGCGGGCCGGGGCGUCGGAUGCGGCUUAACUGAAGGAACCAAUAAAUCAUGUUCCUUCAUCCAGA